GCUUUUGUUUUUUUUAUGUCUUAAAACGAAUGUAAUCUAGGUACCAUUGUACACUGCAACCGGGUGCUAAAUAUUCGAUCGUAUGUAAGCAUAUACCUACAUACAUCACAAAUACUGUGCAGAAAAUGCGCCUCCUCUGAUUCAGUUAAUGUGGAUGACGUCACCAGUGUUUCCCCCAUAUCUCCCUUUUCGUUGUUUAGCAUUCUGUCAGUACAAAUGUUUAUCAAAAUAUCAAACGCCGUACAUUCGCGACUGAUCCGAGUGCAUAUUAGCAACCUCCGCAGUAAAGUUCCUAACUUUAGAACGUGCACACGAUUCCAACGAUGGGACAUGACAAAAUGAGCUCACCAAUCGAAUUACGUGAAUUGCGAAACGCGUUCGACAGAUUUUCGGUGUGGAUUCUUUCCCGCUAUGUGACCAAGCCAAAUGCUAGCGUGAAUUUUGUGCACGGUAAAAACGUUCAUCAUAAUUUGAACAACUACAUGCUAGCACUAAUAUCCGAUAAGGACAAUAAUAUGUUGCAGCUGGUGCUGCUAGAAUUUCACCUAACUAAAACUCAAUUCGAAUCAGUAACGAAGAAUGCACGAGAGCAAGAAAUCGCCCAAAUGGUACGUUUUUGGAAGGUGCCACCGGAAUACUCGAUCCAGCAUUAUCUGUACAUUGCUAACGAAUUGCCAGCUUUGGAGUUGGAACAAAUCCAUGGUUUUACCCAGUUGAAAUCAAGUGAUUUACUUUUGCUUGACUUAUCGAUGAUAUCAACCAACGCCCUUUGCCUGAUAAGUGCCGCCCGGGAACAGUGUAAUGCGAGACACAAAAACGUGUAUGCAAUUGAGUUGGAUAAUGGACAAACGAUUCGUGAAAUGAUACAAUUACUGUCUAAAUCGAUUGCGAGGAAGUCUCUAGUACCAUCGUUACCAGAGAAGGCACUUUAUACUGUUAAUGCACAACCUGUAAAUGGAAUCAAACUGGAAGAUCUAUCAGCCCUACUGGAAGCGAACGAAGGCCCUGCACCGCUGGGACUUUUUCUGGUUAGACAAGCUAAUGUGAAAACUAUCACACUGUACGUUAAACAGGGUUGCGUUGAUCGGUUGGAAAAUGUAACCCCAGAUACCUGGUUCCUGGUAAGUGAAGUAAUUCCUUUCGAGACCCCAUUCCCAGAUCACGCAACCAUUCAUGAGGUAGCUUACGUGAAGGAUUACGGGAUAGUAUUUUGGUUACGCAGCCGAGGACCGCACACAUCGGUUGGGAAACACUUUACGAUCAGCUGUUGGAAUGAGUACGAUUCGGUUCCGCCAGCUCCAGGUUCGGUGAACGUGCUAGUGUCUAAUGUAUCCGAUGGGAGUACUACUUAUCUGCAACGUGUUGCUGCCACCGCUAGGCACGCUGAUCCUUUUCAAUUGAUCGUGCAAGUAGAAGCAAUUGAUGCGGUGAAAGUUUUACAACAACCUGAUACAACCUUGCUCGACCAGCUGUGUUCCCUUGCUGGUGUUCGAAGCGAUGAAGAACGGGACAUGGUAGCUACCGUACCACUGGUACUGCUUAUCGAUCACGCCAUUACGGAUAAUGGUUCCGAUUUUAUAGCCAAAACGUUGGUACAAUUUUUAAACGCGAUAGAUGCCGAUAGCAUUCGUCAACGUAUGACAAUCUGGAUCGUAGGUGAUGAUCUUUUAUGGACACAAGUCGCUACCAGUUGCAAACAUGUAGCCAUAAAGCAUUCUAUGCCAAAGCUGGAGGAAGAGCAGUGGAAGGAAUGUUUAUCCCGAAUGGUAGAAAAAAGUAACGAGGAUAUGACAUCACUCACGGAAGCUAUCAUUUCAAGUAACAGCCAAAAGAUGGGACCUGAUCUAUUUGGCAAUUUGUUUAUACUUACUGUUCUGGCGGAAGCUGUUAAUGAUAACGUCGAUAGCGAAGAGCACGGCAAACGAUCGUAUUGGUGGAUCGAUGCAAUGGAACGAUAUAUUUGGAAACGAAUCGCACCACCAGAAAGCAAGGAAUUGGAAGAGCUCGAGCGGUGUUGUUACGAGCGUGUAUGUAUCGACACCACUGAUCAUACGAAACAUUUUUCAAUCCGCAGUCCUAUAAAACAUCGAACGGUUCAAAUGCUUAUGGCAGCAAAAUAUCUUGCAAAACAUGCGCAUUUAAUCAACCACGAAAACUAUCGCCGUAUCGGGUACGAUUUAAUCGAUCUUUUACUGUUCCGACACAGCUCGGUAGCUAUAGCAGUACUUCACCAUGAUGUAGAAACAGUACGCCACGCCGCACCAGAAGAGUUACGAUCGAUUUCCGAUUGCCUGCAGCGGAACUUACUGCAUGUUGUCCACAAUUCUAAAGAAAUUGCAGAUAUUUUACUUUCUGCAGGAAUUUCCUUGGACCAACAAUGUGAUGCUCAGCUAAAUAAUUGGACACCACUACAAGUGGCCCUUGAUCGUAGUGAUUGGCCGUUCGUUAAUCAGCUGUUACUAAAAGGGGCUAAGCUAUCAAGCAACGAAAAAAACCUUCACUGUAUGCCGUUAUCCAAACUAGCCGAAGUAUUUUGCGACUGUAUUUCCGACAACUGCACAGCACUAAUCGAGUGGAUUUUGGAAAAUCGUCCCGAUUACCAAAUAAAUCAAAGAAAUAUCUACACCUUAUCAGUGUACGAGGAGUUUGAUAAGGAUCUGCUCUUUCGUCUGCUGAAACUUGCCCAAGAGCAAGGAUUGCCCACCAGAGAACCACCGUUUCGAUACAUCUUUGAUAACAGUGCGCUAGACAAUGCUGUUGAGGACGAUCGUAUUGAGCUGGCCAUGUUUCUUGUUCAGCGACUUAAUUUUGAGCCAACCAACGAGUUUCUCGAACUGCGAGCUCAGUAUGAGCAAAAUCCACAGUUAAAGGAAUACAAAAAAAUGUUUGAAUAUUGUAAAGCCGGCGAGUUAGCUAAAGUGCGUAUUAUGAUUGAUGAUGAAGGGCUCGAUCCACAGUACAAGUACGACGGUAGUAACCUAUUCAUUCAAGCAGCUUCAAGCGGAAAUCUUGAGCUAGUACGCUAUCUCUUCGAGGCGCAUGGUUUUAAUGAACAGUUAGAUGAUUGCGAUGAUCUUGGAUGUUCCGCAAUAUCUCAAGCAUUGAUUGAAGGACAUCAAGCGAUCGUACAGUUCUUAUUAGACAAUAAUGCCACUGUUAAACCGUCCUGGAUAAAUAAUUGCCCGAACCAACUGCCAGACGAUGCCGUUGAAGUUGAUACAGAGGAUUUCUUGUCGCUUAUCAACUGUCGUAGAGAAAAACUGGAACGAUUAACCGUCAAUUACGGUCGUUAUGAACAUGGAGAACUGUUGCUGCAUUGCUACAUCAGAUACGCCGACGAACCGGAUGAAGAUACGUUCCAGUUUUUACUAUCCCAGUACGACAAUGUGGACGUACGAACAGAUGUAACAUCCGACCAACGGUUAGGAGAAACGCCUUUACAUAUCGCUUUGCAGAAUGGUAACAAAACUUGCAGAGAAAUAUUGCUAAAAGCGGGCGCAAAUGUCCAUGCGAAAUCGCUUCAGCAUGAACUGACAUCGUUACACUAUGCCAUCAUGGGCAGCGCCGAUAAAUCACUCAUACAACGACUGAUCGAGGUGUAUGAUUUUGAUGUAAAUGUCCGCGAUGCACGGGGUCGUACGAUUAGUUUCUACAUGCCUUUAAACAUAGACUUGUAUCGUUGGUUAAUUGAUGAGUAUCAGUUCGAUCCGUGUGCACGCGAUAACAAUGGUCAAACCGUACUGCAUCAUCGAGUGAUUAGAAACAGCUUUUUUGCCCGUGCUGAAAUUGAAUAUCUUCUCAAGAUGCCGGAAUUCUUCCAAUCGAGUACGGAUAAACGUGGUCGGUUCCCUUUACAUUAUGCAGUGGAGGCAAACAAUUUGUCUAUUGUACGAUUGCUCGCCAAAUAUCAUCCAGACCUUCACAAUAUUCCAGACUGUGACGGUCUCACUGCCUUACAAAUCGCUCACAACUUAAAAUAUUCCACAAUCUGUGAUUUUUUUUCAAAGCUUAACGAAUGAAAACUGUAACCGCGUUGGUUAGGGUAUGAUAUU